AUGUCUGAUUGCAAACCAUCUAUUACCCCUAUUGAAACUGGUAUCAAACUUGAAGCUCAUCCUCGUGAAAAGUUUGACUCCACCCUUUAUCGACAAUUAAUUGGGAGCCUAAUUUAUUUAACUAUCUCUCGCCCUGAUAUUUCCUAUGCAGUUGGUGUUGCAUCUCGAUUUAUGGAAGAACCUUAUGUUCAACAUUGGAAAAUGGAAAAACGUAUUUUAAGAUAUAUCAAAGGAACCAUUAACUUUGGUCUUUAUUAUUCUCAUACUAAAAAUGCACAUAUAUAUGGAUAUUGUGAUUCUGAUUUUGCAAGGGAUUCCAUAGAUCGAAAGUCCACUUCUGGAUAUGUGUUUAAACUUGGAAUAGGUGCAAUCACAUGGAAUUCUAAAAAAAAAUCAACUAUAGCACUAUCAUCUACAGAAGCUAAAUAUCGAAGUGCCUCUGAAGCAGCUAAAGAAGCUAUUUGGUUAAACCAACUUCUAAGAGAAAUUAAAAUGGAAUCCAGUCAUAGCACCACACUCUUAUGUGACAAUAAAAGUUGUAUUGCACUUGCUAAGAAUCCUGUUUAUCAUCAAAGAUCUAAACAUAUUGAAAUUCAAGCUCACUUCAUACAUGAGAAAGUAUUAAAUGGAGAUAUUUCUCUUCAAUAUUGCCAAACUAAAGAUCAAGUUGCAGACAUAUUUACAAAGCCAUUAUGCAGUGCAAAAUUCUCCAAAUUCAGAUCAAUGCUUGGCCUCAAGAAGCUUCCAUUGAGGGGGAGUGUACAUGGCAAUGUCACCUCCUAA